AUGCCAUUUACACUCAACACCUCCGCAUCAUUUGCAUUGACAUCCUCUACCUCAUCUGGAGAUAACUGGGGCCGCGCAUAUCAAACCAAGACUACCAUCAACAAAGACGGCACGACACGCACAAAACGUACGCAACGAUUAGGAGAACCCAUUAUUGAAGAAACGAGACGAUGGGAUGGGAAAGGAAGAAGAGUCUUGGAGGAUGGGAGUGUGUAUGAGAAGAAUGGGAAGGGGAAGGGAUGGGUACAGGUUCAGGGGCCUACUGUGGUGAAACCGAUUCAGAGUGGGAAUGGUGGGGGCAAUAGGAGGAAAGGAACGAUUUUGGGGAUGACGUGUGAGCCGAGUAGGAAUGUGGUUGGGGAUGGGAAUGGGUUGGGGAGGAAUUUUGGGAAGGGGGGAGUGGGGACUGGGACGGAAAAUUGGUUGAAUGGGAUUAUGGGGAAGGUGGCGAAUGAUGCGUUGGAGAGUAGAGGACGAGGAAGGAUUUUGCAGGUGGUGGAUAGUGAGGAGGGUGAGGAGGAUUAUACGGAUAGUGAGGAGUAUACUAGUGGGGAGUAUACGAGUAGUGAGGGGGAGGAAGAAGAGGUAGAGGAGAAACCAAGUGUUAAGAAGAGCACUGCGACAUUAAAGGCGAAAAGCAAGAUGGGGAAGCAGAGGCAAGAGAAACCUACCAAGACGAAAAUACUACAGGAGUCUAGUAGUGAAGAGGAGGAGGAGGAUGACGUCGAUGAUGAUGGGUAUGAAAUUGAAGAGUUAAUUUCAUCCGAUGAAGAGGAGUUUGAGGAAGAUGAAGAGGAAGAGGAAGAAGAGAAACCACAACCGAAAAAGCCCGUGGAGAAAAAAACUGCAGAGAAGCCAAAGUUUCCGAAAGGAAAGAAGAGCGUCGCAAUUCAAUAA